UUUGUCUGGUUUAUGUGUCACUGGUUUUCGGACGCAAACUCAAUUCGAAAUUCCAAAAAUUGACUGGGGUCCAGUUGGCGACCGAACCGAGUCGACGGCUGCAAUAAUGACGGUUACCUAUUUGAUACCAAUAUAUCCGCCCGAUAACAGAUUCGUACUGGAUUGGGAUGACAAUGUGGAGGCGUCGCUGUUGCUGGCACUUGGCUUCUUAGUUCUGAUGCAGCUGAUGCUCCUGAUUUAUAUAGUGCUAGCCCAUUUUCAGCCCUGCACACUCUAUCGCCAGCAGCUGAACGAGAGCUAUCGUCGGCGCUAUAAGAAUUUUAUAUUUCGCCGACUGCUGGCACAACUGGAUCGGGCCCUGAGGCAGCGGCCAGGUGCUGGUCAGGAGCUGAGCUCAUGUCUAGAAGCGAAACGCAUGGCACAGUUGGCGAUACGUUUGUUCUGUCGGGACACCACCAAGGUACUCUAUCCGGAAUACGAACUUGACUCAUCGGCGGCCAGUGAUGCUUAUUUUGUGCUUGACGACGAGGAGGCCGAACUGAAUUCCGCAGGCUAUGCCAGCGUUAAUUUUGAUGUCACGGAUGCUUUCCUAGAGAGCCUAUUGUAUCCGAAACGCGCUGACAUCCCCAGUAAAAACAAAACAAAGUUGUGAAACUGUUCAAACACAUUAUCACUAAGUUCGUUUAUUGUGCUGACAUCGCUGAGGACUAUCUGAAUUACGAUUUAUUCCCUUUCUACUCGCUGAAGACUUAACUCGCCAAAUCACUUGCCCAUGUCCGCUGAACCUGACUCGCUGAAACAUUUAUUCGCUGAAAGUAUUUGCUCGCUCAAGAACUUUUUCGCCGAGUCACGACUCGUUGAAGCACUUACUCGCUGGAUUACUUACAUCCUUGCUUGCUGAAGCCUAAUUCGCUGGAAAAAAAAAUAACUGAAGCAGACUCGCUGAAGUUAAGAUUCGGAGAUGCAUGCAUUAAGUGAAAGUUCCAAUUCGCUUAAGACUGAAAAAAUCUACUCGCUGAAGUCUUUGCUGAGCUAUUGAACUGAACUAUUGAAAAUU